CAUUGUUGACGACCGUUUCAGUUAUAUGGUUCACCGUUUUGUUCUGUUUUAUAUUUUUAUCAUAUUUAUGUGUGAUUAUUGGCUAGUUUUAGUUAUAAAUUGAUUUACCGAGGCUCUUGUAUCAUAUACUUGCUAAAAUUCUGUUCUACCAGUGAUAAUACUACAGAAAGCAAUGGAAAUCAUUCCCAAUAAGUUUAUGCAGCACCGAUUCGAUCGUCAGAAACACGAAAUUGAAUCGUUUGUGGUGCGAAUCUACCGGCACAAUCUGAUCAAGGAUGGUGGCAUCAUAAAGAAGAAGCUCCGGGAAAAGCUGCUGGAGGAGAUCCGCUUGCGACGUAUCACCCGGGUCAAAAUGGACGAACUGGGCUGGGUGCUGAUGAAUCACGGUUUGAUAACGCGGUCCGCAACACUGAAGCAACCGGAACAAGGCGAAGGCGACGAUGAGGAAGGUCCGAAACAGUUCAAGUUCAACAUGGAACGGUUGAGGGACUUACUGGAGAAACACGAGCAACGGCUUCACGACGAGCUGAUUGCCAAGAAGCAGGACAAACGGUCGCUGGCCCAGGAGGCGAUGCUUGCGAACAAUGAAGCCCUUAAAGAAAUCCGGAAUAUGCUAGAAGCAAAGCAGCCACUAGCGAAAAUCUCGUACAUCACGACAGUGGAACGUUUGCUGAAACACAAUCAGGAACCGUCGUCGCGAAGAUGCUUCGUCUGCCGGAAAAGCUUUCUCUCACCGGAGAUCUAUUCGAAACAUUUCGAAACCGUGCACGGGGAAAGCUUCCGGAUCGUUCCGUCAGUUGAUAGCUUCGAAACGGGCCAAAAACUAGACGUGGUGCAGCACUACGACGCCGUGAGUCCGGUCACGCUGUUCACGAUUCGGAACGCGUACCACAUGGCCUUGCACAUCGAUUGUGUGCAUCUGUACCACUCGACCAAGCAGCUGAUGCCGGUCAAUCGGGACGUUUGGCCGAUCACGAUCAACCCGGGCGACAGCUACAAGUUCUCCAUCACCACGGGAAUGUUCCUGGUGGCGGAGUAUGACUACACCAUUCUGGUGCAGCUCAGCCGGAUACUGGAGUACGUGGAGCAGUACCACUUCCGGGUGUUGAAGGCACCAGUAGAGCUGCGAGUGACGGAGGAUCCGAUCGUGUUGGGUAAGCUGAAGGAUUACCUCCCUCCGACGGAGCUGGUCGCCGUCUUUAAGAAUAAUUUUGAGAUGGCUGAUUCGUUUACUAAGAAGGAGCGCGAACUAUGCGACAGUAUCCAAUCGUUCAUGCAGGUCGAGGAGACCAGUCGACUCAAUGCUACCAACUACGUUGAGAUGCUGCAGCUGAUGAACAACAUCGAGGACUACAACGUGAAGCACGAACUGUCUCGCUACGAUAUGGAGGACGUCCAUCUCAAACCGUGUGGUCCUAAACGAUUCUACAGCCUCAGGCUGGCUCAGUUCAGUACGGCACCGAAAUCCUUGGUGGAAGGUGACUACAUCGAGCUGACCUACACGCGCCCGAACAAAUCGAUCAAAACCGUCAUCGGCGUGAUUUCGCAGCUCUGCGCCAACAAGGUGCUAUUCGAGACGGAGGAACCGCUCCGGUACGAUACCAAGUGGCGUAUGAAGUUCAGUCCCAACCGAACGCCCAUCCGGAUGGAAUAUCAAGCACUGGAGAUGGUGGAAAAGCAAGGCUUGAGUCCAUUCUUCUUUCCCACGAAGAUGACGGACGAAAAGGUCAUGCCAUUCGACAGAAAUCAAAUCGAAUGGUUCAACACUAAUCUGGCCGGCAACGACGAACAGCAAACGGCCGUAGUGAACAUCAUCAAUGAGACGGCUCGUCCUUCGCCGUUCAUUCUGUUUGGACCACCCGGAACGGGUAAAACCUCAACGUUGGUCGAAGCGAUCGCACAGAUUUGGAAGCUCAAGCCGGAUGCUCGGAUUCUCGUGACGGCGUCCUCCAAUUUCGCUUGCAAUGAACUGACCGAACGGCUGCUGAAUAUCAUCCCCAAGGAGGAUAUUCUCCGGUUCUUCUCCAAGCAAGCCGAACGAAUGAUGGCGGAUAUGCCAUUCCGUUUAGUCGAGUGUUCCAAUCUAAACACGGGAACGUAUCGACUGCCUUCCAAGGAGGAAUUGUACGGAAGACGUAUCGUUAUCAGCACUUUGACGUCCGCUGGUAAAUUGGUCCAGGCCCGGAUCAAACCCAAACAUUUCACGUUUGUUUUUAUCGAUGAAUGCGGAAGUGCUACGGAAGCGUCCGCUCUGGUCCCGAUUGCCGGAAUUAUUACAACGCAGAAAUCGAUCAACGGUACCAUCGUUCUAUCCGGCGAUCCAAAGCAACUCGGUCCAGUAACCCGUUCGGACUUUGCCGCCAGCAUGGGAUUACGCAUCUCCAUGCUUGAGCGUUUAAUGAAUCUUCCACUGUACCAGAAAGAUCCGGAGACCAACCGGUACAACGCUAAGGUCAUAAUCAAGCUCCUUCGGAACUAUCGUUCCCACGAGGCCAUCUUGAGCUUCUCCAACGAACGGUUCUAUCAGAAAGAACUACAACCCUGUGCCUCGCCAGACGACGUCGAUUGGGCCCUCGGAUGGCCGGAACUUCCUUCGGCCCGAUUUCCAAUCAUCUUCGAGUCCACCAUGGGCAAAUUGGCCCGGGAAAAAGACUCCACCAGUUACUACAACCAAAAGGAAAUUGAACUGGUAGAAUUCUACACCCGGCAGAUUCUCUCCGACGGAAUCAACGGGCGAUCCAUCGAGCAGGCGGCCAUCGGGGUCAUCAGCCCAUAUAAGAAGCAGUGCAUCAAGCUGAAGCAAAUGUGCCAGCGGCACGGUUGGAACGAGAUCGACGUCGGUUCCGUGGAGGCCUUCCAGGGUCGCGAGAAACCGAUCAUGAUCCUGACCACGGUGCGGUCCGGUGCCACCGGGGUCGGUUUCCUGAGCAACGUCAAACGGUUGAACGUAGCCCUGACGCGCGCCAAGGCAUUGCUCGUUGUGAUCGGAAAUCCGGAAACCCUACAGCAGGAUCCGAACUGGUUCGAGUUCAUUCGGUAUUGCUUCCGGGCGGGUGCGAUCCGAGGGGUGAAGUUCGAGCUGGACGAGAAACAACACCAGGUGAAGGAACUCGACGCAAAGGAUGCGUACCUGACGUUGAUCCAGGAGAAGCUCGACAAUAUCAUCAAGCAUAUGGAGGCGGUCAAGAUGUAAGAACGGAUGGAAGUGUGAUAUUUUUACUAACAAGUCCUAAACGGUGCCGAAGUAGCUUUUUUAUUUUUACUCUUUUUAUAACUGUUGUUUUGUACUCUAUUGUAAGAAUUAUUUUUGAAUAAAUUUGUAGUGUGAAG